GUGAGGGGAUCUUUUCGAGGAUCCCUCAGACGAUACGGAAGUGUGGAAUCCGCUAAGAAACCUGUACGUCACUUUCAGUGGAUUUACAGGAAGGGAGAGUGGAGGAUCGCUUACGGCUGUGUUUUCGUCAAAGCAUAAAACAGUGACACGCGCUGGGCACUCAGUCACAGCAAAGUGUUUGAGUAUUGUUACUGAUUAGAACAUUGUUAAACCAUAAAGAUAGCAUCUACCUGGUUACCUCACUCUGGUUGGACGACCAUGUCCUCUCUCGGUGACUACUUGCCAGAGAGGGUAUAAAGAACACUUAAAAUGUGGAGAACAUCCAUAGUGAACAUGAGAGUGGAAAAGGGAUCAUUUCGUGAGUCCUUCAAGCAUUAUGAAAGAAGGGAAUCUACUAAAGUAUUGAGUCCAAAUCGACACUUUGAGUUAAUUUUCAAGAAUGGACAAUGGAGGAUUAUUUAUGAAGAUGGGGAUGAAGUAACGUUAAUGUACGCGAAGCAUGAGAGGUUGCCCAUGAAAGACUUUGCUGCCGAAGUCCGAGCGUCUAUGGAUGUAGAUCAAUUUCUCAACCAGGCUGUACUUCUUUUGGACGUGCAAGAGACUUCCGUAGAAGGAAUUAUAGACAAAAUGCUUCAUAAGGUACUAGAUAGCAGGGAAUCACUUAUUACGAUUUCAGAAGCUAAAGAAGCAAUUUUUACCGAAGAUUCCGAAAUAAUUUCCACUGGCAAUCCCCAUUUACUCCAGGAAAUUCCUGACGACAAAUGGUUUAAAGUGCACUUACUUUCCCGUACCAUACAAGGAACAUACGUAAGCGAAGGAGGAGGCUUCGACUAUGAUCAGUCCUGGCUAUGUGCUAUGUGCAACUUAGCUUCACUUCAGAAGCGCCAUGUAGCAAUAGCGCGUCUCAAACAUCCAGCUAACAUGGGCAGAACACUCCAUGAAGUGCGCUUUUUCAUACUGGUGUUGACGCCGAGCAAAGAGAAAGGGACCAAGAAUGCAUUAGAAACAGGUCGUACCUUCGCGACCAUCUUCGCCGAUAUGGAUUUCCGACAACGAUUAUUGGAGGUCCACAGCGAAGCUGAGUUUAAGAACGUGCUCCUGAAGCAUGCACAGGACUUGGCAGCUGAACAGAGCAACCCUUCCAAGCGUCUUGGAACGCACGAUGGGGAUCUGGACUUUGAUGAAUCAAAGUGCAUGUUAGCCCAAGGCUUGUGGGAUGAUAUACGCAGGAGAUCUUCGCUCUAUGUCAGUGACUUUAUAGACGGUUUUGUGGGACAUAAGACAAUCCAUAAAACAUUAUCGACUAUAUUUUUCCUGUAUUUCGCCUGCAUCCUUCCGACUAUCGCUUUUGGCGCCCUCAAUGACAACAAUACACAAGGACAAAUAGAUGUCCGAAAAUCCAUUAUUGGUCAAACGUUAGGUGGCCUUGUGUUUGCUUUGCUUGGGGGCCAACCACUAGUGAUUGUCAUGACGACAGCACCUCUAAGCCUCUAUACGAAAGUGAUCUUCAAUAUAUGUCAGGACUUCCAAUUAAACUUUCACGCCAUGUACGCAUGUGUGGGGUUAUGGAACACAUUCUUCCUUGUCAUUUUUUCCAUCUUUGACGUCAGUCGCAUUAUGAAAUGGUCUACUAGAUCGACAGAAGAAAUUUUCUCUUUAUUCAUCAGUAUAGCAUUCGUAGUGGAUGCAGGAAGAGACAUGUAUAAAAAUUUUAAUUCCAACUAUUUCUCCCCCGCCUGUACUGAAGAGGGCAAUCCAACGGUGGAAUUUCCUCUCUGGAUAACUAAUUCCAGUAUCAACGAAACUCAAGGGGAAGUGUCCAUUACUCAACCGUGUAAAAGGGAAAACAGUUUACUCUUUUUGCUCCUCAUGUGUGGUACCGUCUGGCUCGCCGUCUCCCUCUACAAUUUCAAUAAAACACCGUACCUGCAGGCCAGCAAACGUGAAAUACUGGCCGACUACGCCUUGCCUGUAGCAGUUAUCUCGAUGAGCUUUCUAGGAUCAUUUGUAUUUAGAGAUGUCGCCACUGACCAGUUCCGAUAUAAUGUCAAUUUGCCACUUACCCGAGCUCCGGUUGAAGAGCUUCCAUGGCAAGCUGCUAUAGCAGCUUUAGGCAUGGGUUUUGCUCUUUCCCUUUUAUUCUUUAUGGACCAGAAUAUUUCAGCGGCAAUGGUAAACAACCCUUGUAACAAGCUGAAAAAAGGUCCUGCCUAUCAUUUAGAUUUGUUUGUGGUGGGAAUUGUGAAUGGUUUCCUGUCCUUAUAUGGACUGCCAUGGAUGCAUGGAGUCCUGCCACAUUCACCCCUCCAUGUUCGCAGCUUGGCAGAUGUAGAAGAGCGAGUUGAGCAAGGACAUGUGUAUGAAAUAAUUGUGAAAGUAAGAGAAACUCGUGUUACGGGAAUAGUUUCUCACAUCCUCAUAGGCUUGUCAAUUUUUUUGCUUCCCUACCCUAUGGCCUACAUUCCAACUGCAGUGCUGGAUGGACUUUUCUUAUACAUGGCCAUCACUUCGCUCAAUGGGAAUCAAAUGUUUGAAAGAAUAACUCUGCUCUUCAUGGAACAAGCUGCAUACCCUCCAAAUCAUUAUAUACGAAGAUGCCCGCAACGAAAGAUUCAUAUUUUUACCCUUUGUCAAGUGUUUCAACUGUCUAUAAUGUGUUUCUUUGGAUUUUCCCCUUGGUCAUAUGUUAAGAUGGUCUUCCCAGUCAUCAUUUUUUUAUUGCUUCCGUUCAGGCACAAGGUUGUCCCGUGCCUUGUUGAUAGAAAGUAUUUGGAGGCUUUGGAUGGCGAACAUCAAUGAAAAUGAACUUAGUGCUAAAGCUCAGUAAAUGACAAGUCCUUUUUACUUUAUUCUCUCCAUAAUGGCGGACGCUUUUCAAGGAGAACUUAGGUGCCUCAUAGAUUCCCUGGUCCUCAUACACGAGUGCCUAAACCACUUGCGUUGCAGCCCUGGAAAUACAUCGAAAACACGAGGAAGCCAUACAAAAACUAAUGCUCAGACGCCUUUUUUAAAACUCACUGUCUGCAGGUACAGAAAAUAUCACUUGAGUUUACUUUAAAUAUUCCAAACAAACAGUUCCAGUUCUUAUUUAAAGUUCGAUAUGAGCUAGUUUAAUGUAUUUUUAGUAAUUCCCACUACAUGAAUAAAUUCCAUGCAUUUCAAAGAGCUGAGUUACCUUGAAAAUAACCUUUAAUUUAUUCAAGACUGAAGAAAAGCAGUAGUGGCUUCCAAGGAAUGAGAUGCAACUGAAAACAGAAUUGCCAAGAAAAAAUUCCAAUUAUGGAAACCUUUUCUAUUGAGGGCUAGGAACUAUUAUCUUCAAAGGCAACCAAUUUUUUUCUUUAAGUCAUUUCACAUCAACGAGCACUGGUCAUAAUUUCGCCUUACUAUAAAACAUUAUAGGGUCAUAUCGAUUGGGUUUGAUAAACAAUAAGACAAUCCAGGCUUAAUUACAUAAAAGCACAUUAGAUAUAAAUCCUAUUCCAUUCCUUUUAUUUCAAUUAAAAUACAAUACCUUCACAAACAUAAUGUAGAGAAUUUUUACUAAUGUGUUACUAGUGUUUAUUUUAUUAAGCAAUCAUAAAAAUGGGAUUUGUAAUUGUCUUAUUCUUUUCAAUAAUUGUAAAUGCAUUUUUGUUUUAAUUUAUUUUAGAUUCAAUUUUCUUUUUAUCUUUAUUUU